UCCACUUCCACUUCCACUUCGUUCCACUCUCUCUUUCUUCACUCUUCUAUGUUUAUCAACGGCCGGCAACCCUUUGUCGGACCGCCGGCAGACUCCGGCGAGAAGUGGCUCAAGUAUUACUGCUCUUACCAUGAUAUACUCUUAGUUGGCGAGGGAAAUUUCUCCUUCUCUGUCAGUUUGGCCAUGUCUUUUGGCUCGGCUUCCAACAUCGUCGCCACGUCUCUCGACUCCUAUGUCGAGGUGGUAAGGAAGUACAAGAAUGCAAGGUUAAAUUUGAGGAUUCUGAAGGGUUUAGGUGCGUCUAUAUUACAUGAAGUCGAUGCGACUAAAAUGAAGCUUCAUAUCGACUUGCGUAUGAGGAAAUUUGAUCGGAUCAUCUUCAAUUUUCGCCACGCUGGUUUCUUUGGGAGAGAAGACAGUCUCUUAAUGAUUCGGAUGCAUAAGAGACUCGUUCAUGAGUUCUUCAAGAAUGCAAGCCAAAUGCUGCGAGUUGAUGGUGAAAUCCAUGUGAAUCACAAAACAAAAGCCCCAUUUUCUGAUUGGAAUAUUGUUCAACUCGCCCAUCAAAACUCACUGGCAUUGAUUGGCUGUGCCGAUUUCAAUAUACAGGACUACCCUGGAUAUCACAACAAGAGAGGGCAGGGCAAUAGAUGUGAUCACCCUUUCUUCUUGGGUGAGUGCUCUACUUUCAAAUUUGGUAUCAACCAUUCAGCUAAAAGGACACUAAGAUUAUUGCAUAUGUAUAAUGCCUUAGAUAUGCCAAGAAACCUACCAUUUCCAGAGAUCCCAAUCUCAAAUCACUACCAUCAUCCAUAUCCAACUUCAUUUGGAUCAGGUUAUUGUCACACUCACAUCUCUAUGCAGGAUCAUCCAACCCGGUUCGAUCCCGAAUAUUCUUGUGCAACUCAUUCUGUCAAUGCACAUAGUAGAUUCAUGACAGGAAUGCUUGAGAGGAUGUCGAACGACAAUGUCUAUUGGUCGAGCAAUUUGAGGUCUAAUUUUGGUGAGGAGAUUGAGAGGUCAGAUGCAAGAACCAUGCCAAGAUUAUUCCACCAUUGGUAAAUAGUAAGUACUCUCUUUUGUCUCUCUGGAUGUACUAAAAUGUAGUCUUUGAUGGGCACAAUUAGUUGGGGAAAUUGUGAAGCUUUCUCAACUUGUUUGUUUGCUCUUUUGGGUGAUAUAUGUCCAUCUGAGAACCUUUUUACACUUUUUGA